AUGGCUGUGGACAAAACCAUCUAUUACUGUGAAAUUGACUUUAUGUUGGAUCGCGUGACCCAACGUUCACAAAACACGAAGAUUUGCUGCAUUUGGUUCUACUCACUGAUGGCUGGAGUGAAAGCCGCGUACUAUACUUUGAGGUACUCUAGCGAGUACUUCAUCACAGCUGGGGUGGCGUGUGGAGUGUGUCCCCCCCUCACCAACACCACGACGGUCACCGUCAGUGUUGUGGGGAAUGUGACGCUGCUGUCGUGUAAUAACCCUACCUUGGUGUUCCCCUCGAGUGACCGCGUCCUGCUGGACGUGUGUGUCGGCACCUCCUGGACAAUUCCCCCUCCUCUCCCAGCGUGUAUAACCCCAUCCACGCUUAUUGUGACGUCUUGCACUCCCACGGCACUCCAGGACCCGCCCAACACCACAGUCGUUCAGACGUUCUCGGAUGCCAGUCAGAGCGUGUAUGCCAAGUACUACGAGUGUGUGGAUGGGCAGGCGUGGCUCUCCGGGCUGCCCGGCACCUUCGCCCAGUGUAAAACAGGACAGUGGACUCCAGUGUUCGACGUUUGCUCAGAGCCCUGCCCUAUUCCACGGGACUGUGUCGACAUCUACAAUCUGGGGUUCAACACCACGGGUCCCUACACAGUCAUCCCCAGCGGUGUUCUCUACCAACCUUCAAUCACCGUGUGGUGUGAGCUGGACCCUUCAGGCGGCGUGUGGACCACUGCCCUCAAGAUCUUAUUAUCGUCAAGUCUCACUUUCAAUAUCAUGAACUAUCAGGAUGGAGAUGGAUACCCGGCAAUCAACCAUUACUUCAUCGGCAUAAACCCCCUGGCAAAUCUAACUCUCAACUUGGAUGGAACACCGCGUCCCCACGUAGUCCAAUUCAAUGUGACGUCAUACCCUACUGGGCAGUCGAAUAACUUGAUAUCAUUUUACGCCACAUACGACAACGUCACUAUUGGACCCGCCCCAAGCUACACUCUUCUGAGUGUAGGCAACGUCUACGGCAACGCUGGUGACGGGUUCGGCCUCAGCGUUGGGUACAACUUCGUGGGGGUCAGUGGCUUCUGGUGGUGGUGGCCGGCAGACGGCACGCAGCAGACCAAGUUUUGCAGCGGGAACGGGGCGUGUGUGACCAAGUGCACGUGGGGGCCGCUGUCCAACCAAAACUACAUUGUGUCAUCUAUAUUCAUGCGGAUAAGGCCACAGGAAUAUGAUUCAG